AACAAAAUGGUAUUAACUGACCCGAAGAUAAUAAAUCUGAUUGUUUGCUCUCUAGUUGGCCCAGAUGUUCCUGCCAAUACUUAUUCUGUAGCUCAAUCGGAGUGGGCAGAUGGUACUAGAUCGGACGUACUUUACGCGUCGAAAAUUGAAAAAGCAGAGGCGUUACCACCAAUUUUGAUUGAAUCGCAAUAUUAUGUCGAUCAAGACUUCAUGAUUCGCCUUAUUAGCUAUUCGUCAAAUGUGUACAAGCGCUACAAAGUGCUACCUAUCGUUCUGGUUAUUGUGACCAAAUCUUUUUCCAAAGCUAGCUUUAAAAAUGAGUUUAAUACCAGUAGUGAUGGAUUUCUGCUCGAAGCGAGCUGUAAAUUCUGGGCUAAGCAAUGUUUUCUACUAACGGCUGAUGCCGUCUCAAAUUAUUCUUACGGUGGCCAAGCAGCAUUAGGCCCUAUGGUAGCUUUAGGUUACUUUACUACUCAUCAUACCCUACAACAAAUACCCUCACACCACUGUGCGAAUCCAACUUUAAAGUUGUUAUUAACUAUUGUAAAAGGACUUCUGUCCGAUGAUAGUGAUGAAGUAAUUCGUAAAUCAAGUACGACUUAUCUGAUAAACCAAAUCAAAAGGAGUUUGGAACAUAUCAUUGCAGAUAGUCCAGAUGAUAGUACGAACAAAAAAAUCAAAACUUAUGUUGAAGAAGGUCUGUUGUCCAUUGAACAGUUACAAAGCGAUCUAGAUAGCAACGAUAAAGACAAUAUUGAAGAAAGUACGGCUGACAUGUACACUGCUGAAGACUUUCAAUUUAUUGAAAGUUUCAGUAAGCCUGGCAAGAACAAGAAUUGGAAGAAUAUUUUCAAUGAAGGCAAAAAGCAGGGUUUGUUUAAAUCGUAUAAAUCAUCGGAUACUCUGAAGUCUUCGUAUUAUCAUAUAAGAAGACGAAAAGAACAAAAAGAUAAUAAGAAAUAAAAAGAAAAU